GUCGUUGCAGAGAUAGCCGGCUCUCACUACACGGUGGCUGCUGGGAGAUCAUGACGGGGAAGAAGUCUUCCCGGGAGAAGCGGCGCAAGCGAAGCAGCCAGGAAGCCACCCCGGCCGCCGCAGCGCCGGACCCGGUGCCCACCCUGGCCAGCAGCGGCAGCGGCAGCACCAGCGGCUGCGGCAGCACCAGCGGCUGCGGGAGCGUCACCUGCUGUGGGAACACCAGUGUCAGUGGCAGUGUCACCGGCGGUGGGAGCAUCGGCAGCUGCUGGGGUGGGAGCAGCGUGGAGCGCUGCGAGCGGCGGAAGCGAAGGAGCACUGACUCGUCGUCCAGCGUCUCGGGGUCCCUGCAGCAGGAAACCAAAUAUCUUUUUCCAUCUUUGGAAAAAGAAUUACUGUUAGCAGAACACAGUGACAUUGAAGAAGGUGGACUAGACCUGACUGUGUCUUUAAAACCAGUUAGCUUCUACAUAUCAGACAAAAAAGAAAUGCUUCAGCAGUGCUUCUGUAUCAUAGGGGAGAAGAAGUUACAGAAGAUGCUUCCUGAUGUGUUAAAGAACUGUUCAAUAGAAGAAAUUAAAAAACUAUGCCAGGAACAGCUAGAGCUCCUAUCUGAAAAAAAGAUCUUGAAGAUUCUUGAGGGUGACAAUGGUAUGGAUUCUGAUAUGGAAGAAGAGGCAGAUGAUGGCUCUAAGAUGGGAUCUGAUUUAGUCAGUCAACAAGACAUAGAUUCUACUUCAUCUCUGAGAGAGAACAAGCAGCCUGAAGGUUUGGAAUUAAAACAAGGUAAAGGCGAAGACAGUGAUGUCCUCAGUAUCAAUGCCGACGCCUACGACAGCGACAUCGAAGGCCCGUGCCACGAAGAAGCAGCAGCGGCUCCUCCCGCCUCAGAAACGAUGGUCCAAAGUGAAGCGGGUCAGAUCGAUGACCUGGAGAAAGACAUUGAGAAAAGUGUGAAUGAGAUUCUGGGACUGGCAGAGUCUAGUCCAGAGGAGCCCAAAGCAGCCACCUUGCCUGUUCCUCCGCCAGAAGACGUCCAGCCUUCCGCGCAGCAGCUGGAGCUGCUGGAACUAGAGAUGAGGGCCCGAGCCAUCAAGGCGCUAAUGAAGGCGGGCGACGUGAAAAAGCCAGCCUAGUUACCUACUGGAUGGGGUCUGAAUUUCAGGUGUGUGUGAGUGACAUCCCGUCUUCUCAUUUUGUAUAUGAAGUUUAUUUUGGGCCGUCCAUGACACUUCUCAUGUAAUCCUUAUUAGGGAAAUUGAUCAUCGGUGUACAAUGUCUGUGGUUUUUGGGGUUGCUUUUAUAUACUCGUAUGUGUGUUAUUGUCUUAUGAAUUCAUGAAUAAAUAUAGUUGGAUAACCUGGAUAAUCUGUUAGAUGAGUACUUAGCUACAUCUGCAAAUUACUAUCUUGAAAGCCAUUAAUGAAGAGUCACAUUAUAUUUUCUUUACUUCUAAAUAUUUUGGCACCAAACCAAAAUGCGUCAGGAAGAUGACCAAGCAUGUUGCUCUUAAGGCUACCUAUAUUUUGCAAUAGAAUAUUAAAUUAUUAUUCCUAGAUUUGUCGACAAUGUAAGAAGUUUAGUUUUGCUUAUCUGCACUUUUAAAAUGUAUAUUGUCUUGGGAGAUGCUUUCUGUUGGCGUAGAUAUGUUAGUUGAAAAGGAAAACAGAUGAAAACUUAUAAAACUUUCUUUACAAUGCAUAGAGCUCUCAAAUAGCAGAGGGGUACUUUUCUUACCAAAAAAAAAGGGACUGACUUUAAGGCAAUUUUUAGCAAUGUGGAACUAACUGCCCAAGUCUAAUUCCUGAGGACAUGUCAUUCUAACAGCUAUUUGAUAUUAUAGAACACUUAGUUCAAAUGUUUUGUUUGUUUUCAAUAAAAAAGGAAAAACUUGCAUUUAUUUACAUUCCAAGCUAUCAAGAAAAAAAGCAUGUUUCAUUGUAUAGGAUUUCAUUUAAUGUGUUGUUGUUGUUGAAGUUCUGAUGUGGUAUAAACUCCAUGACUCAAAAAUAAUAAAGAUGGUCAUUCUGGGUCUGAAGACUUUU